AUGCAAACAUCUGGCCCUCGAGGAGAACGUGGACCACCUGGACCGCCGGGACCACCAGGACGGUAUUAUCGUCGUAGGACCACUGCCAGUCCACCUCAUCCGUUGGAUGCACGACUUCAACGGAAACUUCGCGCAUACGGGAUGCUCUAUUCACCGGACGGACAGGCGAUUCAAUUGCGUGGAUCGCCUGGACCACCUGGACCACCGGGCACCAAAGGAGCUCGCGGAUAUCCUGGUUUUCCGGGUCCUAUAGGUUUGGAUGGCCCAAGAGGCUUACCGGUAGGUUAUCGAUAUGCUUGCGAAGGUGAUGGUAAUGGAAGCCCUGGAGUCAAAGGUGAACGUGGUGAUCGAGGUCCUGUUGGACCACCCGGAUAUCCGGGCCCCAAAGGUGAUCGUGGUGGACCUAUUCAUGGUCAAAUACAGGUUGGAUCAGCCAUGCCUAACGCACCGCUGAUGAUUCAUGGACCACCGGGACCACCCGGUCCUCCAGGUCCAAUGGGACCGGUCGGUCCCGAAGGAAAACCUGGAAUUAAGGGUGACCGUGGUUUGCCUGGAUUCGAUGGAGAGAGCAAAGUACGUUCACUCAUUUCAUUCCUUUUUUGA